CUGAAUGUGGAACUUUGCGAGUCAAACUUCAGUUCAAACUUUUGCAAUCGUGUUGUUUUAGGUUGGAUCAGUGUUUGUUUAUUCUUUACUUAAAUUUAGCUAUAAUAUAUAUAGCUGUAUUUAAUAAACUCGACUGGUGAAAUUAUCAACUCUGAUUUGUGACGCUAAUUUCUGAUUUCCAACAUUGUUCAUAUAUGAAUAAAUAAUAUAUAACCUGAUACCUGAUGUUACAUCACAUACAGCUGUGUUUUGAUAAUACCGGCUAUUCAUUUCCUUAUUGAAGAUAAUUCCAAAGAGAAAUAAACCAAUCUUUCAAUUAUAUAUUUAUUUUAUUUUAACUAUUAUAUAUUAUCAAGCACUAUGAGUAAUAGUUUGAGGACUGCGAUUUUAAGAAAGAUUACAAAAUCUUUACAAAAUGAUAACAAUAUGAACAUAUCUGAUAUCGCAUCCUACUUGCAUUUUAAGACACAGAAAACAAAUGGAGUCUACUCUUUUUUAGUUCCAUUAAAAACUAGACAAUAUAAUAUGCAAGAUAAAGUGCAGAAUAUCAUUAAUAAUGAUCCAAGUAGCAUUUUUAAUGUCAGUAUAGAAAACAAUGAGAUCUCUUUCAAUCUUUCCAGGGAGAAAUGCAUUAAGGAAAUUUUGGAACAUAACUGUUCUGCAGUAUCGGCUCCAACUUUUGUCAAUAAUAAGAAAAAUGUGAUAGUGGAGUUUAGUUCGCCUAAUAUUGCAAAACCCUUUCAUCUGGGACAUCUUAGAUCCACAAUAAUAGGAAACUACAUUGCUAAUAUCAAUAACUUUGUAGAAAAUGAUGUCAAGAGAAUAAAUUACUUGGGUGACUGGGGCACUCAAUAUGGUCUAGUUCAAUUGGGAGUUGAAAUAGCAGAUCUCAGCGAGGACGAGAUGAAAAGUAGUCCUAUAAAGGCGUUAUACAAGGCAUACAUUACCGCUAAUAAGUUGGCUGAAACCAAUCCCUCUAUAUUGGAUCGUGCGAGAGAAAUAUUCAACAGCUUGGAAACUGGCACAGAAGUCACAUGUGAGCAAUGGAAAACAUUUAAGCAGUACACUAUCGAAGAGUUGAAGAGGACGUAUGGUAGAAUUGGUAUCACAUUCGACGAGUAUCAUUGGGAAUCUAUGUACAAUGCCAAGAAUAUAGAGAAAAUAAUUACGUUAAUGGAGAAAAUGCAAUUAUUAAUAAUGGAUGAGCAAAAUAGAAAAGUUGUAAAUCUAGACAAUGAUAAAAUCGUUCCUUUAAUCAAAAGUGAUGGUUCCACUUUGUACAUUGCUAGAGAUAUUGCCGCAGCUAUCGACAGAUUUGAAAAGAAUCAUUUUGAUUAUAUGUAUUACGUAGUGGAUAAUACUCAAGCUGAACAUUUCUCAAAUCUGUUGGAGAUAUUGAGACGAAUGAAAAUGCCAUGGGUUGAUAGAUUGAAGUACGUAAAUUUCGGUCGAUUACAUGGUAUGCGUACGAGAAAGGGAGACACAAUGUUUCUGGAAGAUAUCUUGAACACCACUAGAGAUAUCAUGAAGCAGAAACAAUUAGACUCACGAACUACCAAAAUUCAUUUAGAUUCCAGAGACAAUAGCUCGGAUAUAUUAGGCAUUUCCGCGAUGAUAAUUAACGAUUUGAAGAGAAGACGACAACGGGAUUAUACAUUCGAUUUAAAUGCAGCAUUUGAUUUGAAAGGGGACACCGGUGUGAAGUUGCAAUACACUCAUUGCAGACUCGUUAGCUUGAAGCGCAAUUGCGGGACUGUCUUGCCUUCGGAAUGCGACCCGAGCCUUUUACGAGAAGAAGCUGUCGAUGACUUAAUCAUGUCAAUUGCCAAAUUCGAAGAGAUAGUACUGAAGUCGUACGUAGAAAUGGAACCGUGCAUUUUAACAGGAUACCUUUUUCACCUAAUCCACGUAAUUAACAAGGCUUUCAAAGAGUUGAGAAUAAAAAAUGAAUCGCCUGACGUUGCUGGUCAAAGACUACUGUUGUUUCACGUUGCUAGAAACGUUCUCGCACAAGGUAUGAAAUUGCUUGGUUUAAUACCUCUAGAGGAAAUGUAACACAGCGAAGAGAUGGUGAGUCAAAACACUGCAUAGUUUCUAAUAUUGUCACUGUAAUAAUUAUAUAUAAAAUAUAUGGAAUAAUUUAAUUUUUUUU